UCUGCUGCUGUAGCCCGAAGACGCUGCUUCUCUUCGGCGUUUGGUUCCGUCGCACAAUCCAUCCUAUUGUUCGCGUUGUAGUAUCCGCAGUCCGCACUCAGGUUGUUUAUUUGCUGUGUUAUUUAGCACGACGCUAUUUGAAUAUAAAGGCACCUUUUGUUUUUUUUGAAGAGUUGUAUUGUUUGUUGCAUACAACUUAGAGAAGCAGGUAUGCUUAAUCCUUGUGCAAACAGUAAGCUGAAGAGGAAGAGGGCCGAUAAACAAAGCCCAAACUUGACAAUUGGUAAAGAAGAAGGCACAGAAGAAGAGAAAGAUGUUAAGAUGGAAAAAAUUGCCUCAAAUGAUGUAUAUUUAUUUACCCCUUUGGCCUGUUCUCCAAAGAAGGCUAUGCUUUUAGAAUGGAAUCAUUCAACAAGGGAUGAAGAUGACCAUGAUUCAAUGCCACAACUUGCCCGCAUUCGGCUACCACCUCAUAGUCACAAUUCAAAACAUGGAGUGUAUUUCAUUCUUGAGAAAGCCUCACUAGUUGCUGCUUAUGUUGGCAAAAAAUACCAGAUUUUGAAUCCAGAUGAGCAUGCCAAUUUCUUGCGAAGGAAAAAUAUGAAUCCUUAUGAUUUUAGGCCUGAUAUUGUUCAUGAGGCUCUCCUUCAAAUUGUGAGUAGUCGACUUUGCUUGUCUGGUAGAUUACGCGCUGUAUUCAUCAGGACAGAUGAAGGUAUUCUUAUCAGAGUUGAACCACAUACUCAGAUACCAAAAACAUUGGGAAGCUUUUGUAAUAUGAUGGUGGAGUUGCUGCAAAAGUUCAGUAUCAAAUCAAAAGGUGGUCACGGAAAGCUUUUAAGGUUAAUUCAGAACCCUGUGACUUAUCACUUACCUGUGAACUCUCGUAAAAUAGGUCUUUCUUUUAGUUCAUCAAAGACAGUUCAAUUAAGGGACUAUGUUACUGAUGCUAAUAAUGAUGAGAACCUUGUAUUUGUGGUUGGUGUAAUGGCUCAUGGAAAAAUUGAUGUUGAGUACAUUGAUGAUCUUAUAUCAGUUUCAGGUUAUCCAUUGAGCGUUGGGACUUGUCUCAGACGGAUUUGCGUUGCAUUAGAGAGAAAUUGGAAGAUCCAAUGAAUUUAUUACUAUAUUAUUUUUUAUUUAUUUUUUUACAUUUUCUAUAAGUAAGGUUAUUUGUCAAGAGGUGCUCCUUCUAUAUAUUAACAACCAUUCAUUAUUCAUUUUUAAAAAUAUUUAUGAUUCUCUUAAUUCAGAAUCAAAAAUAGUUUGUUUCCUU